UUAUAAUUUUACAUCUAGUUCAAUAAAAGUAACAUUAUGUGAGUUUGUUGUUCAAUGUUUGAGAAAUCCGUAAAAUUUAUAAAAAAUGUGAAUUAUUAUAUCUGUAUAGAAUUCCGGUAAACCAGUUAUAUGUGUAAUUAUUUUAUUAAAUUAAAUAAAAUACUAUAAUAAAACAAACUAAAGAAGUUUUUUUAUUCAUAAUUAAAAAUUAUUUUGCCCAUUGAAAUUAUGCCGAUGCAUUCAAAUUAACUUAGAUAAUAUAACAAUACAAAUUGAUCUAAUUAAGUAAAUCAAUCCUGAUUCAUAUUAUGUAAGAAACUAUUAGCUACUUCAUUUAUUAUAUGAAUUAGUCAUGCUUAGUAACACUAUAAUUAUACAAAUUUCAGUUUCAAAAAAUAAUAAAAUAAGUAAACUUAUAUAAUUUAAGUUUUAUUUAAAAUGUAACAUACGAAAAAACAAUAAAUAGUCAUGGAUGGUUCUCAUAGAUUAGAAACAAAUAAAUUGCCAAUCAAUAUGAGGAAUAACAAUACUUUAUUAGAUGAGGAACAUGUUUGUAAACUAGUUCUUUACAUGGAAAUACCAAAUAUUAAGUAAGCAGAAUUGUUUAUUAGAAAUAAGUUAAACAAUUUUAAAAUAUCCAAUACCUGUAAUCAAAAAUACUAUCUGACUUAUUUGUUUUGUAAAUUUAAAUGAAUAUGACGUUAAUUAAUUAUAUUAUUUAUAAUAAUUAGUGUUUAAAAAUUGAAUUUAAAUAUAUAAUUAUCCACCUCUAUUGGCUCUAUUGAUUUUCUAUUUUUAUAAUAUGUAUUUUAUUGUAAAUUAAACUUUUAAAACAAUUUAAUGUGCACCUACAAUUAAAAAAAAAAACUCAUUUCAUUUCAGUUGUGUAAAAAUCACAUAUUAGGUUUAAUUAUUCUUAUGCUUUAAUAUUUAAUCAAUUUUAUAUUAUUAUUUAUAAUAUAGUAUUUACUUAACAUGCAUAAUAUCCAAAUUGUAUAGAAUUUAUAAUUUUCUUCUUAAAAAUAAAAAUAAAUUUUAUUUUGUAUCAUAUUAAAUAAGCAUCUACUUAUUAUUGAAUCUUGUUAUUUUAUAGUGUUCGAGUAUGGGAUGUAGUAAUACUUAUUCCUAACUUAAUAUUCAUGAUAUACUUAGUGUCAAAGUUUAGUCGUGCCAGAUUAAAACUACGAGCUGCCAAUAGUCCAAUUUUUUUUACAUUUUAUUGUUUGGUAAGUUGUGUUUAUUAUAUUUUACUUAUAUUAUAAACAUUUAUAUAAUCUUAUAUGAUUAUUUAAUAUUUAACUUAUAAUUAUUUACAUGAUAUAUUUUUAGGUUUUGUUCAAUGUGUUUACAAGUAUAAUUAGAUGCCUGAUUUCAAUGACUCUCAAUUUCAGUAAUUUGGCUGCUGAUUCCAUCAACAUAACUCUUUGGCUUUUGGUCAAAUGUUUUUUUUUAGCUACUGAAAUGAGUGUAGUUGUCUUUGCUUUAGCUUUUGGUAAGUAAAUAUUAAUAUAAAUACUUAUUUAAAUUUAACUGUCAAUUAAAAUAAUUAAUUCUUAUAAACUACAAUGAGAUAUAUAUGUAGUAUUAUUUUUUAAAUUUUUACUAUGUUUCUAAUGUAUUACCGCUUUCUAUUAUUUAAUCCUUGGAAGUAAAUUAUAUCAACUAUAAAUGCAUAAGCAAAACAUUGACUCAAUCUACAAAUGACUGCUCACUAUUCCAUAACAAUCUUGGUUUUGAAAAAAAGGGCUCUAUACAAAAAAGUACUGGCAUUAUUUUUCAAUAUUCAUCAAAAUUAGUUUUAAAUGAUAUCUAAUUUAAAAAAAAUCACAAAUACAUCUGAACAUUAUUAUUUCUAUAACUUGUAAAGUAUUAUGUAUUUGUUGUUGUCUAUUUUUUUUCCCCUUCAAUAAACAUUAUAGUAAUUUGUAUAUGUAAAAGAUAAUUGAUUUUUUUUAUAUAAUAUAUUUUAUGUUUAACUAUAAUAUAUUUUCAAACUUGUUUGGGAAAUAAAUCAGGUAGAUCCAAAAAAUUUAAAUUACUUUUAGUUGCACAAAUAAAAUAAAAACUAUAUCAGUAAGUACUCUAUUAUACUUAUAAUAAUUCAAAGUCUUUAAUAAUAUUUAGUAUUAUUUUUAUCAUUUACUCAAUGAUUUUGCUCAAUUUUUAUUAGAUUCGGAGGAAAACGAGGGAUAUAUUGAUUUUACUAUGAAGCGUGUUUUUUUGUUACAGUGAGCAAUUUUUUGAACAGAAAACUUGCUCCAAUUUAUCAAGUUUAGGACCUUUUCUGAAAGGAAAUUUUAUCUACUUGGUGCAUUGGGGAGGUAUUUUUUUAAUUUUCCGAGGGGUUUUCAUAAUAAUUGGGAAAAAGAUGAAAAAUGAAAACUAAUAAAUUUACGGCGUUACGUUUUCAUUAUUUUAAAUUUUUACGCUUUAUGUUUUCUACCAGAAAUAUUACUGCAAUCGAAAAAUGACACGAGACCUUUUGUUGAAUUUUUAAUCUAGUGGUGAAUAAGUAAGUCGUUUUUUUGAUUUUCCUUGUAGUUUUCUUAAUCAUUAAGCAAAAAAUAAACUUAGAAAGAACUGGAAUGUUAGAGGAAAUAAAGAUUUCAUUUUUAUAAUUUUACUUUUGUGUUGUGAUUCAGUUCAAAAUAUUCAUAGUCCUAAUAUUUUGACAAAAAACUUAUAAAUGCCUAUUUUAAAUGUGGUCAAAUUUUCAAAAUAUUCUGCUAAUAUUUUUGAGCUAUUUACUAUUUGGAUAAAUUGUUCGACCAAACAAGAAUGCUUGGAAAUUUUACACAAAGUUCAUUAUAAGAUUUACUUAGUGUUAAAAAAAAAUUCAGUGUAAUAAAAUAGUUUUUUUUAUAACAUUUAAAGUUCAAAUUUUUAUGGAAAUCAUAAAAAUCACAAUAUUUUAAAACAUGUAUAACUGAAAUUUCCUCAGAAUAAAUUAAUUCACAAUGAUGUAUUGUUGUCUACAAAUUUAAACAAUUCUGUGUAUCCUACCAUCCCAACUUCUUACAACAGUAAUAGACCAGCUGUCAGCAAUAUAAGCUCUUUCUUUUUUUCAUUAUCAUUUCACUUUUGAAUAUCUUUGUCUAUAUAUUUUUAAAAUUCUGAAAAAUAUAAUGAGCAACAUAAGUUUUUGCUCACAAAAUUAUUUUUUGUAUAAAAUAAUACACAUGCACCUUUUUUUUUUUUUGUCUGUUUUUUAUUGAAAUCAAAACAAAACAUAUAUUACAGAUCAAAAUUAACAAUUAGUUACAGAAUUGAUUAACCUACCUCCUGUAAACGUAUGCUGCUUGUGUUGGAGAUAGGGAGCUAUAAUUAUUACUAAUAUAACAUUCAAUUUAUGUACAAUUAAUCUUUUAUUUAAAUAAAAAAAAAAAAAAAAAAAAACAUAUAUUAAUAUUAAAAUUCAAUACUACAAAUGUAACAAAUUUAAAAACUUAAAAUUAAGAUUACAAAAAAAAUAUUCUAAAAAAAAAGGAUUAUUUUAUAUAAAAAAUGUUAACGAUAAAGGAAUAAAUAAAAUAAAUCAUGUGCUGUAUAUACAUCAACAAUAUUAAAACAGGUUGGUGAUAUUAUCUCAGCAACUUAUUAUCUAAUUCCAGAAAUAAAUAUUUAUGUAUCUAGCAUUUAAUAUUAAUAAUUUCAUCCAAGUAUUUUUCUUUUUUAAAUUCAAAAGGCAUAGAAUUGAAAAAAGUUAGACCCAGAUAAUCCAAAUAACUAACCAAAAGAUAUAUUUGCAUAUUUAUCAGUCAUAUUACCUCAUUUCUCUUUUGUAGCUCAACUCCUUAUGAUGGUUAUCUAAAUUUAAUUUUUUAACUAUGUUUAUUAUAGUAAUUUGUUUUAUAUAAAAACCUAAUUAGCGAUACACAAAAUAACACCUCUGUACCUAGCCAAUACACACUUACACAAUUUAUUUCUUUAUGGAUCUUCUAGUAUUUUUGUCCAUUAAUUAUUGUAUUUUCUUUUAUUGUAUUGGUUUUACAAUGAUAUUUUUCUUUAUACUGUUUAAAAUUCUAUCAGUAAUCUUGUUCUGAUUUUCAAAUGUAGCACCUUUUCUAAAAGGAAAUUUUCCUCGGUUAGUACUUUAGGGAGCUGAUUUUUUGAUUUUCCAAGCAGUUUUCAAAAUGUUUGCAAAAUAUAUAAAAAGUUAUGGAAAUAAAAACAGAUGCCUAAUAAAAGCUAGAAAGAAUUAGUUAUUAUUCUUAUACAUAAAAAAAGGCGUCGAAACAAUGUGUGAAAACUAUAGAUGGAUAUCACACUUAAAUUCAUUAUAUAAAGUAUUCUCAAAGAUACUGCUGAAUUAUAUGACUCCUUAUAUAGAAGAGAACAUAGGAUAGGAAGGUAAACUAUUGACUUAUGUUAUUGAUCUAAUCAUAAAAAAGAAAUAUAAUGACCGAAUUUGGAAUACCAAAGAAUCUGAUAGGAUUGACCAGAAUGUGUAUACGAAAAAACACUAUACCGAAUUAUGGUAGAUUAAACUAUCGAAGCGUUUUUGGCAGAAAUAGUAAUAAAACAAGAGAAUACGCUAUCCCUGUUAUUGUUUAACACUUCAUUCGAGGGAUGCAAAAAGAAGCAACUGGAAUACAUGCAAAUCUGCGUAAAAUCUAAAUUUUGGGUUUCACAGAAGACCUUAACAUCAUAGGUAACACCAAAGAUGAUAUGAAGAAUGCAGCUAAUAAAUCCUUGAAGAAUUGACCUAUGAAUAGAAAGUUAAUGAAUUCCAAUAUUUCAGUGUAUGCCUAAAUACAAAAAAUGAUUAGUAACAGGAAAUUGGACUGUGGAUAACUAAAUCGUAAAUAUUACGGCCUUUAAAACAUAUAUAUAUUGAAAUCCACUCAGAAUUGUCUUUCAUUAGCAAUGUUUAAUCAUUGCAUAAAAAAAUACAUUAAACUUCCUUUUAUAUCCUACUUUCCCAACUUCUCACCCAUGACAGUGAUCCACCCAUCGUGCAAAGUAUGUCAGUCUUUUUAUAUUGAUAUUACAUUCAUCAAUUGAUAUUUGUUAUAUUAAAUGUUAAACAUUCUUAUAUAUUAUUUGUAUGAUUUUAUUUGUGAACAUUUUUUAUACUAUCAGUUUUAUUUAUCAUCAGACAUACUAAUUUGGUAAAAUAAAUAUUAAAUUGUAUGUACUAACUUUUUAUUUUCCAGGUCAUAUGGAAAGUAGAAGUAGUAUAAGAUACGUAUUAAUUACAACAUCAUUCAUAUCAUUAGCUUAUUCAGCUAGUCAAGGAGCCUUAGAAAUAUUUAUGCCUGACUCAAUUUUUAGGAUCAAUUCAAAAGAUUUAAAUUUAUUUGGACAUGGUGGUGUUGUGUUUUGGUUAAUUAGUUCUGUAAUUUUUACUAUGGUAAUAUUUUAAAUAGGUCUAUAAUAAAAAAAUUGCCUUGUUUAUUAAGGAUUAAUCAUUUUAUUUAUUUUAUAGUUAUACUUACUCAUAUUGAUAUUACCUCUGACUAGACUUCGUGAAAAACUUGCAUUACCAGGUAAAUACUAAAAUAAUAUGUUAAAAAGGUUUUAUUAGUGUUUUUAGUACUCAAAGAUAAAUUAUUGCAUAUCUAUAUAUUUAACAUGCUAUACAGUUUCUCUAUUUGUGUACAGAAAAGCUUGAUAUAGUUUAACAUUAAUUAAAAUGUGUAUGUUAUAUCUUAUUUAAUUAAUGGUGAUUUAUUUCAGUCUUCUCAAUAUUUUGAUUGAUAAAUUUAUAACAAAUUCUUAUUAACAUUUAUUUUUUUUUUUUUCAGUUAACCGGUCAUUUUAUGUGUAUGUGUCUCUUUUGGCAUUGUUAAAUGGUAUUGGUUCAAUUGGUUGUACAUUUUUGUUACUAAAAAUCACAGAAGGUCUUUGUAUUGUUGAUGUAACAACAUAUCUGUAUUUUACAUUAUUCACACCUCUAGUCUACAUAACAUUCUUAAGUACAUUUUUCAGGUAAAUGAUAAUAAUGAAAACAAAAUUUGAUUUUUAUUGAUGUCUAUUUUUCAGUUUUUUAUAUUAAGAGCUUUUAGUUAAAACUUUAACCUGGCAAUUAUGUUUAUUUUAUUUUAGUGUUUCACAAUCAAGCAUCAUGUUUUCUUACAAAGCACAGAAUGAUGACCGUAUUGAAGAAGAUACUGUGUCAUUACCUCAUCAGCCAUCUUUUUCAUCUUUGAAAACUGAUUCUGACUAUAUUUAUCAGGUAUAUAAUAAAUAUUUUUAAUUAAUUGAAGUUCAAAAACAAACAAACAAAUAUGCAGCAGGUAGCAUAAAAAGCAAACGUUUUUAAUUUAUCCUUGCAUAUUUUGUAUUAAUAACAUAUCAAAAUUAAACUCUAUUAUCAAUCCACUAACUAAAUCUUGUUAACAGUCCUAAAUACACUUCAGACCAAACUCUUAUUAAUUUCCAUCAAUAUGCCCAUAUGCAGGUUGAUUUUUUUUUAUUAUGAACCAUACAUUUUCUCAGAAUUUUAAGUAGAUUUUAUUUAUUUUUUUUUUUUUUAUCAUAUAGAAUUGUUAAGGUUUAAUUUUAAAUUUUAGUUUCUGAGUGAAGCAAAGAAGCUUAUAAUUUUACAAUGAUGUUAGCAUGUUAGAAUGUAACCAUUACAUGUAAUGGUUAGAGCUAUUAUGGAGAGGGGGUGAGAAUUUUAAACUCCCUUGAUACCACUGUCAUUUAAAAAUUUAUAAAAUUUAGGUAAUAAAGAUUUUAAAAAAAAAUUCAGGGCUCUUGAUGUUUUUAACCAUUUUUCUGUGGAUUCAAUUUUAAAUGCUCUAUGUCCCGAUCCCUGUUCAUGAUAAAAAAAUUGCACUGUAUAUACUUAAUAAUGUCAUUGAUUGAAAUAUCUAAAACAAAACAUCAUAUAUAAUCUUUAUUACUCAAUUUAAACAUGAAUAUUUGUAUAAUAAUAAUUUUAAUACUAAUAAAUAAAUAUAAAACUAUUAUUAUUAAAUUUUCUGAUUUUUUUUUUACAGACAGAUAAUAUAUACAACAAUACUCGUUUUUCUGCUAGUGACAGACAAAUAGCUAACCCAUUGUACAAUGCUUCGUUACAAAGCCCUGAUAGCAUUACUGGUUAUAGUAUGGAUGAGCAAACUAUUGACAUUGAUGAACAAAAAAAGUAAUAAUUUGUUUAGUGUUAGGAUAUUUUUCUGGUGUUCCUGUGUUUACUUUAUUAUUUUAUUAUUUUUAUUAUUUGGUUAAAUUGUUAAUUAGAUAUGAUCCUAUAUAAUCUAAGUACUAAGUAUAUAUUUAGUCAAUUUAACAUAUUAGUGAAAUUACCAACACCAAUAUAUUUUUAACUACUCAAAUUUUAUAAUUAUUACUUAAUCUUUUUGGGUUCAUUUUUUUUAUUUAUAUAAAUAUAUAUUUUAGAUUUUAGAAUAUUAUAACAUUUUGGGAACAUUAUAUAAUGUUAUAGCAUUAUGAAUUGUGAUUUAUAUUUAUUUUUACUUUAUUUUAUUAAUUUUUAUUUAUGUUUUAGAUUAUAUAUUUAAGUAAAUAAUACUUUGUUAAUUUCUUUAACUUGCACAAAAAUAAAUUAAAAUCUACAAAAUAAUUGCUCCUUAGUUCUUCCCAUGUGAAAUACGUAUGUUUAAAGUGCUAAGUUUAUGUAACUUAUAAUGAAAUGGAGCACAAGAUAGAUAAG